AUGCACUUCGUUUCUAACUGGUACUUGUUCAAACAGCUAGGGCUUGCCAACGGCCAACACCGCGAUAACCAAGAUGUUACUCAAGAAGCAUCCCCGGAGAUCUUAGAACAGAUGAAGAGGAUGCCAGAUCGCCAGAUUUGCGACUUCCUGGUCCAGCAUUAUGUGGAUGAAGUUCACUGUAUGCUCUCUCGGCAACUCGAUAGCAUACCUUUCCUCCCCGCCACACUGGACCCAGAUGUUCUUCCGCGAAUGCACCUUGCGCCCACCCCAAAUGAUGACAAUGCCCCAGAAACUUUCUCAGGACGGUUACUACAGGCCCGUCUAGCUGGAUUCUGGCGCAGAUUCCCCGAGACAUCAACUGCAGAGUACGACGCGAUCGCAGCCGAAGAACGGUACGAGCAAUUCUGCUCUGAGUUCCUCGCCAGUCUUCCUGCCGCUUUCGCUCUUGAGCCGGACGAACAGUGGGACGAGACAUCACGACACUUACCUCUCCAGCGGCAGAUCUUGCACAUUGCCGUAUUCGAGAGUUUGUGCCAGAACUAUCGUGGCUUAAUAUUUUGUGAAACAAGUCAAACCCAAAACUUUCCUGCAUACAAGCAAGUCCUGCUAUCGUCGCAGAAGAAGGCGCUCGCAGUGGCGGCACUCAAAGUGCUAGAUGAGAUCUCAAAGCUGCACACUAUGCUGGGAGGAUCUCAGACCAGAUUCCCAGGCAUUGUAUUGCCGACAUUCGAAGCCGCGGUGCUGCUAAUAGCGGUUUCCGGAAAGCGUCGUGCAAACAUCGUGGGCACUUUGUUCUGUGGCGCCAUGCCUCGUCUAAUCACCGCUCGCAAUGUCGUCAUAUUCGUCAAUAUCGUCCUUCUCACCGCGCUCUUCGUCCAUCUGAAGUUCGAGCUCUGGGACAAGACGGCGGCCUCAGCUGGAUCGGCCAAGUCGCACCUUCCCGACGAACUCUACGAUGAGCAGCAGCCAGACGAGUCAUCGCACAACCCGAAAGGGAAGCCGCUAAAAGCAAACGAUGGCAUCAAAGCGCGUCGGACCGCCGUCGUGGUCGCUAGCCAGAGUUCCGAGAACGCAACGUGGCUCGAGGAGUACUUUCCGCACUGGGAGAAGAAUAUUUACCAUGUCGACGAUCCGAACGCGGAGCUCACGGUGCCGAAGAACAAGGGCCGAGAGAGCAUGGUCUAUCUAACCUACAUAAUCGACCACUACGCGUCCCUCCCCGACAACGUCCUCUUCAUCCACCCCAACCGCUACCAAUGGCACAACGACGACCCGGACUACGACGGCCUCCCCAUGCUUCGCCACUUCCAGCUGCCUUACCUCGAGAAAGAAGGCUACGUCAACAUCCGCUGCGCCUGGUCCCUCGGCUGCCCCAACGAGAUCAAGCCGCUGGCGGAAGCGGGCGAACACAGAGAGGCUGUGCAUGCGGGCGGACAGUAUAAGAAGGCUUUUGAGAGCCUGUUUCCGGGGGAGAAGGUGCCGGAUGCUGUUGGGGUGAGCUGCUGUGCGCAGUUUGCGGCCACGAGGGACAAGAUUAGGGAGAGGAGCAAGGAGCAGUAUGAGAAGUAUCGCGAUUGGAUUAUGGGGACUGAACUGGGGGAUGCUAUCAGUGGGAGGGUGUUUGAGUACUCCUGGCACAGUAAGUCGACAUCCGCUGGCAUUUCGCGCCCUACCUCACGACCCCGCGCGUGA